CAAAUAUAUACAUUUCCUUUCGAGGCAUAAUAUACCAGAAAUGCCCAACAGCCCAAUUCUACUCGAUUACGAACCAAUCUCAUACAAAAAUGAAUUAAUAAAAUUCUUCAAUGGUGUGCCACGAUAUUUGAAGCGAUACAUGUCGAAUUUACUGCCUAUUAUUUAUUGGAUUCAUCGAUACAAUCUCACUUGGCUGGUAUCCGACAUCAUUGCCGGCGUCACUGUGGGUAUUGUUGCAGUACCUCAAGGCAUGGGAUAUGCCAAAAUUGCCAACUUACCUCCUCAAUAUGGUCUGUAUUCUUCAUUUAUAGGUCUAUGUCUUUAUUGCUUUUUCGGCACAUCCAAAGAUAUCAGUAUAGGCCCUACAGCUGUCAUGUCUUUACUUGUUGGCCAAACGAUCGCACGAGUCACAGCAACAGGCGAAUACACAGGCCCUCAAGUCGCUGUGACGCUCGCCUUAUUUGGUGGAUUCAUUGCAUUAUUUAUUGGCCUCGUACGUCUCGGUAUUUUGGUCGAUUUUAUUCCUGGCCCUGCUAUUGCAGGUUUCAUGACAGGUAGUAGUAUCACCAUCUCUAUCGGCCAAUGGCCCAAACUAUUUGGCAUGAAAUCUGUCAACACACAUGACUCUGCCUAUCUCAUCUUUGGCCAUUUCUUCAAGUACUUGCCCGAAACAAGAUUAGAUGUUGCCUUUGGUCUCGUUGGUUUACUUUGGCUUUAUAGUGUGCGUUGGGCAACUGGUCAUCUUACAAAGAAAUACCCUCGUUACGAGAAGCUCUUCUUUUUUGUCAAUAUCAUGCGAAAUGGUGUACUUGUCAUCUUUAGCACAUUGAUUGCUUUCUUGAUCAACAUCGGCAAGAGUUCAAGUCCCAUUAGUAUCCUGAAAGAUGUACCUUCUGGUUUCACUGCUAUGGGUGUACCUCAUAUAGACCUUGGUCUCUUGUCGCAAGUCUCAAGCACACUUCCUUCUGUCGUUAUUAUUCUGAUUCUUGAACAUGUUGCUAUUGCCAAAUCUUUUGGUCGUAUUAACAAUUACAAGAUCGAUGCUGAUCAAGAAAUCAUUGCCAUUGGUGCAGCCAACGUUAUUGGUAGCUUCUUUGGUGCAUACCCUAACACAGGUAGUUUCUCAAGAACAGCUAUCACUGCUCGUAGUGGUGCCAGAACUCCUUUGACUGGCGUCUUUUCUGCCUUGGUUGUCUUACUCUGUCUCUAUGCCUUAACUCCUGCAUUUUAUUACAUCCCAGAUGCUACCUUGUCAGCUAUUAUUAUUCAUGCUGUUGCAGACCUUGUUUCAGGGCCCAAAUUCCUUCAUCAGUUAUGGAAAGUCAAUCCCUUUGAACUCUUCACUUUUGUUGCUGCUGUCUUGAUCACUUUUUUUACCACGGUUGAAUAUGGUAUUUACGUCUCUGUCUGUUUGUCUAUUGCUGUCAUGUUGCUUCGUAUCGCUCGACCUCGUUAUGCUGUCUUGGGCCGCAUUCCUAUUCAGCCCACCACCAAUUACUAUAACCCCAACGACCCUCAUAGCGAAAAGGGACAGAUCAUUAUUGAAGAUACGCACACUGAAACAGACAACAGCAACACAACCACGACCCAUGACGAAGACACUCAUUACAUCUAUGUCCGACAAGACCAUCAAACCCUCAACCAUCUUGUUCAGCCUCCUCCUUCAGGCGUUGUCAUCUUUCGUUUUGAUGAAUCCUUGACUUACCCCAACGCCAGUUUUAUCUCUGACAAGAUCAUGCACUAUAUUCAAGACAACUUUGUUUCCAGUGCUCCUCCUCCCAAGACCAAAGGCGAGAGAGCCUGGAACGAUCGUCGUCCUUUAACCAAAAAGGACACACUUGACGAAUCGGACGAAAAUACCAUGCAAGACGAAGAUGAAAGUCUCAAGCUUCGUGCUAUUGUCUUAGACUGCUCUGCCAUUAACCAUCUGGAUUCUACUGGUGUACAAACGCUUCUUGAUCUUAAGCUUGCUAUCAAUCGAUUUUCAGGCUAUGAAGUCGAGUGGCAUUUUGCUAGUAUUGGUAGUCCCACCAUUCGCAAUGCCUUGAUUGCAGGUGGCUUUGGUAGUCAAGCAGGUCGUGGUCCACGUACAGGCGAGUUAUUACCUGUAGUUCCUGCUUACCGCGAUGGUCCUCAAUGCGACUUGAACAACAAGGACGAGAAAUUAAAUACCCUGCAAGGUUCUUCAACAGAGAAUGUGCCAGUCUCGAAUGAAAAAAUCCAAACUUCUUCUGAAGUCGACCUGUCUAUCAGUAAGCUACCUUCUCAGAUGGAUAACCAGCACCCUACCAGUAUAUCUGACUGUAGCCGUAUGUCUUAUAUCAUCAAUAUUGAUGGUGAAGGCCAAGCAAAGUAUUAUCCUCGCUUAAAUCGUGGCGUGCCUAUUGAUCGUUAUCCUUUCUUCCAUUGGGACUUGGAAGAUGCUGUACGCGCUGCUUCUCAUACCCAGAAAAGAGCUUCUUCAAGCUCUUAAAUUGUAAUAUUAUGUGUAAAUACUGUAGCAUUAAAAUAAAAGUAAAAUAAAUAGCAUU